UGUUCGUGCAGCGUCACGUGACUAACGUGGACCAGCUCAAACCGGAGGUCGGUGCUCCGGUUCUCGGGUAUGGCUGCAUCAAUGUCCGCCGUGCGUGCGCUCCGGAGGCUGUCCCGGAGGCUGCUCCCGGCUGUGCCCUCGGUCAGACGGACUCACAGCCUGGACGUGUCCGCUCCUCUGCUCCGGACACAGGGAUACAUAAACGGCCGCUGGACCUCCGCCGCCUCUGUGUUCCCGGUACUGGACCCGGCCACGGGAGGGGAGCUCGCCCGGGUUGCGGACUGCGGCCCAGGGGAAGCGAAGCGAGCCGUAGACGCUGCGUACGGAGCCUUCCAGUCGUGGAAACAGUUCACCGCGAAGGAGAGGAGUUUGGUGCUGAGGAGAUGGUUUGACCUGAUGACAGAGCACAAAGAUGACCUCGCCAAAAUCAUUACUUUUGAGUCGGGUAAACCUUUGUCCGAGGCUCUGGGAGAGAUCUUGUACUCUGCUUCGUUCCUGGAAUGGUUUUCAGAGGAGGCGCGGAGAGUCUACGGCGACAUUGUCCCCUCCCCCUUCAAAGACCGCAAGAUGCUCCUCCUGAAACAACCUGUGGGUGUGGCCUCCAUCAUCACUCCGUGGAACUUUCCGAGUGCGAUGAUCACAAGGAAGGUCGGUGCUGCGUUGGCUGCUGGCUGUACCGUGGUUAUCAAACCAGCCGAGGACACGCCCCUUUCAGCGCUUGCGCUGGCUGAGCUUGCAGAGCAGGCCGGAGUUCCAGAGGGAGUCCUGAAUGUGGUGCCGUGUUCGAGAGAAAACACUCCAUCUGUGGGGCAGGUCCUGUGCACUGACCCCCUGGUGGCCAAGAUCUCAUUCACAGGCUCCACGGCAACUGGAAAGGUCCUGUUAAAGAUGGCCGCUGACACAGUGAAGCGUGCCUCCAUGGAGCUGGGAGGCCACGCCCCCUUCAUCGUGUUCAACAGUGCCGACCUGGACCGGGCCGUGAAGGGGGCCAUGGGGUCAAAGUUCAGGAACUCUGGACAGACAUGUGUUUGUUCAAACCGUAUCCUGGUGCAAAGUGGCGUGUACGAGGUGUUCCUGCAGAAAGUUGGUGCGGCCAUGGACCGCGAUCUCAAAGUGGGCCACGGAAUAGAACCCUCAACCACCCAGGGCCCACUCAUCAACCAGAGGGCAGCAGAGAAGGUGGCACACCAGAUCGCGGACGCAGUGUCUCUGGGGGCAAAGGUUCUGAGAGGAGGAUCGCGAUUGGCCGGUUCGUUUGUAGAGCCCACCCUCCUCGCUGAUGUCACCACUGCCAUGUUAUGCACCAGAGAAGAGACGUUCGGGCCCCUGAUGCCAGUUCUCAGGUUUGACACUGAGGAGGAGGCUGUGGCCAUUGCUAAUGCAACUAAUGUGGGCCUGGCAGGGUACUUCUUCUCGCAGGACGUGUCUCAGAUUUGGCGUGUGGCAGAGGCGCUGGAGGUGGGCAUGGUCGGGGUGAAUGAGGGGCUUCUAUCUGCCGCUGAGGGUGCCUUUGGGGGGUACAAACAGUCGGGGCUUGGGCGUGAGGGCUCCAAGUAUGGCAUCGAUGAAUACCUGGAGGUCAAGUACGUGUGCUAUGGAGGACUGGAGCCGUGAAGCCAGAAAUGCCAAGCACACAUAAGUCACAUGCAGUCUACACACCGGCCACACACCGUCUCUGCACUCCAAUUUAGACACCAGGUUUGGUGCAGAGCAAAGGGUCACACGAGUGUUGAAGACAAAUGAAGAGACUAAAAGGAAUAAUUCUACAUAUACUAAUGUAAGAUUAACAACACUGACACAGAAGUAUCCAGGUGUGAAACUUUUUUACAGACAAACUGUUCAAUUUCAUUAAUGUGAAAUGCACUGUUUUUGUAGUUUUUAUAGUUAUUCAAAAUAUCUUUACUUUUGUACCAAGAAUGUUUAUUUUAAUUUCUGUAUUAAUUUAUUUUUGUCAUGUAGAUCGAUGUAUAACCUAAAACGUGUUUUGAAAUGAUCUUUUGCUAAAUGUGUCAUUACCAGGGUGCCAGUUGGAUGCAUGUUUUUACAUUGUCUUGAUAUGUGGACUAAAUAUGUUUUAGUAAACAUAAUCAUUUUGUUUAAAAAAUAAAAAUAAAUAAAAGUGACUAAAGACUGAG